AUGACCCCUGAGCAUGCCAGGCACCAGGACUGGGAAGAGCCGGGUCCAUCCCACCGUCAAGCCGAACGGAACAGGACCCAGAUCCAGUUCUUUGUCCCUGAGGAGCAUACAGGAUCUGAACCGGUUUACAUCGGGAAUCUCCACUCUGAAGUAGACAGCGUCAACAGGUCUGUGAAACAUACCCUCUCGGGUAUCGGAGUCGGCACUAUAUUCACCAUUGACAAGGACAAAGGUGACAUUCACCUCCUGAAGAAACUGGAUCGAGAGAAAAUACCUUUCUACUCUCUGAGGGCACAAGUGGUGGACAAGCUAACAAAGCAGCACGUGGAGCCUGAGAUCGAGAUCUGUAUCCAAGUCCAGGACAUCAACGACAAUGAACCCAAAUUUGUGGAUGGACCCUACAUUGUAACUAUCCCUGAAAUGUCACCUGUAGGAACCUCAGUGACACAGGUGACAGCGAUAGACGCUGAUGAUGCUGACACGGGGAACCACGCCAGGGUUCUGUAUCAGCUCCUGCAGGGACAGCCAUAUUUCUCCGUGGAGCCAACGACAGGAAUUAUCAGAGCAGCUUUAUCGGAUAUGGACAGAGAGACCAAAGCUCAGCAUCUGGUCCUCAUAGAGGGCAGAGAUAUGGCCGGGUUGAAGGGUGGACUAUCAGCUACGACAACCGUCACCAUCAACCUAUCUGAUGUUAAUGACAACGGUCCCAAGUUUCAACACAAGCUGUACCAUUUAGCCGUGCUGGAGUCUGCCGGAGUGGACUCGACAGUGGGGAGAGUGAAGGCCACGGAUGCUGACAUGGGGGAAAAUGCAGAGAUGAGCUUCGCCAUCGAGAAAGACGAUGGUUCCGAUGCAUUCGACAUCUUCACAGAUGAUAAGACCCAAGAAGGUGUCAUCAUAUUAAAGCAGCCACUGGACUACGAGACCAAAAGAAGGAUUAGCAUCCGCGUGAAGGUUAGCAACACACACCUCGAUCCCCGAUUCCUCCAUCUGGGAACGUUCAAAGAUGUGACCAAUGUGAAGAUCAAUGUGGAUGAUGUUGAUGAGCCACCGUGCUUCACCUCCCCUGAGUACAACCUGAAGGUGGAGGAAGAGAGAGCAGCUGGUACCAUCGUUGGUGUGGUUGCCGCAAGAGACCCAGACAUUGCAAACAGCGCAGUCAGGUAUUCCAUUGAUUGGAGCACUGACGAGGACAGAAAUUUCAACAUUGACGCCAAUAAUGGAACCCUAACCACUUCCAAAAGACUGGAUCGAGAGGCUGUUCCUUGGUACAAUUUAUCCGUCUCGGCCUCAGAAGCGAAUGAUCCUACCAAAGUUACUAAAGUCUCUGUGCGUAUCCAGGUUGUGGAUGUGAAUGACCACGUUCCUGAAUUCCCAAUCCCAUACAAGGCUUUUGUGUGUGAGAACGGAAAGAGGGAACAGUUGAUCCACACCAUCAGCGCAGUGGAUAAGGAUGAGCCACCGAAUGGACAUCACUUCCACUUUGCCUUGGCGCCCGAGGCUAUCAGCAAAGCCAAUUUCACUGUCAGAGAUAAUCGAGAUAACACAGCUGUGAUCCUGACGCGGAGAGCCUGGUUCAGCCGGAGAGAACAGGCUGUUCACUUGGUGCCGGUGAUCAUUGUGGACGAUGGGAGUCCGUCACUGACCAGCACCAACACCCUGACAGUCCGUGUCUGCGCCUGCAACAGCAACCAGCUCUGCAACGUGAACCCAUUCGCUCUGCCCGCAGGCCUCACCACCGGCCCCCUCAUAGCCAUCCUCGUCUGCUUGCUCAUGGUAAUAGUGUUGGUGUUACUGCUCCUGACACUGCGCAGGCACAAGAAGGAGCCUCUGUUUGUCAGCGAGGAUCACGGGGUGAAGGAGAACACGGUGAGGUACGAUGACGAAGGUGGGGGCGAAGAGGACACUCAGGCCUUCGAUAUGGUGGCCCUGAGGAACCCCAAAGUCAUUCGAGAAGCCAAGACUCGAAGGGCCUCGGUCACCGACCUGCCGACCAUGUACAGGCGGUCACUGAGGUGCGGUCCGGACGACACCAUCUUCAGGGAGUUUAUCCGGGACAGACUGAGCGAGGCAGACACCGACCCCUGCGCCCCCCCCUUCGAUUGCUUGCAGACCUACGUCUUCGAGGGGGAGGGCUCGGUCGCAGGGUCUCUGAGCUCCUUGGCCUCCUCGACAGCGGACCCCCAUUACGGGUACCUCGGCGACUGGGGUCCUCACUUCAAGAAGCUGGCAGACUUGUACGGCAGCCACCGAGAUGCUGCAUCGUUGUAAACAGUGGGAGAGCAAAGGAGGUGGAAGGUCCUCGCAAGGCACUCGGUAAAUAACAAACGACUUAAGACACAAGAACUUGCUGGGAGAAAGAAGACUAAGGUCCAC